UAAAUAAAGACCCAAACUGAUUGGGGUUAUUCUCUCUCCCCCAAGUCACUUAUUGUCUUUCUUCUCUCUCUAGGUUUCGAUUAGGGAAUUAGGGUUUCUAAUCUCUCUCAAUUGGAUUCGUUCUUCAUCUCCCCAAUCGACAACCAUGACUGAGUAUUGGGUAAGUCAAGGGAAGAAGUGGUGCGAGUUCUGCAAGAUCUGGACUCAGAACAACGCGACAAGUAUCAGAAACCAUGAGCUUGGUAAGCACCACCGUGAGUGCGUCGAGAAGAAGCUCACUGAUAUGCGUGAGAAGAGCGCUGCCAAGGACAAAGAGCUCAAGAAGAACGAGAAACUCCUUCAACAGAUCGAAGCUAAAGCGACUCGUAGCUAUCAGAAAGACAUAGCAACUGCUCACGAAGUUGCCAAAGCUAACGGUGCACCUGAGGAUGGUACACGCGAUUGGGUUCUUGACGCUGCUUCGGGAUAUUAUUACAACCAGAUCAAUGGUCUGCACUAUGACUCAAAGUCUGGAUUCUAUUACAGUGACUCAAUAGGACGUUGGGUGACACAAGACGAGGCUUACGCCGCGGUCAAAACUUCAUCAGAUAAAGACACUAAAGUGCCUCUCGUUAAAAAGCCAGUGCCUUCUUCAGAAGCUGGACCAAGUGUGGCGAAACCGCCUGGGAGGGUUGUCUCGGCUACUUUAAACCCGAAAAGAAAUGUGAAAGGAGCUGCCUCGUCUGUUGAGAUUGGCAACAACAAGAGAAAGAGAAUAGAUGAUAAACCGAAGAAAGUAGUAUCUGCAGAAGAGAAAGCUGCGUUGAGGGCGAGAGAAGCUGCUAGGAAACGAGUCGAAGACAGAGAAAAAUCAUUGCUUGGCCUUUACAACAGACCCUUUUGAUUAAACCAUUGCCUGAUGCUCUCUGUAACAGAGGCGACCGAUGUGGCGGUUGUUUUCGUUAUUCCUUUGUAAUGUUCAAUCCAAAAUUCUCUGGUGUUUCUCGAAACUUGUGUUCUUAACUGUUGUUCCAAAUAAUUAAAUUCUUCUUUGUUGUACGAUCCUA